GCUGAAUCAUUCAAAGCUACGACUUUGCGGCGUAUGCAACGUACUGCUGGCAACGCAUAACAAAGUCAGAGAAAAAAGUACUCAAGACCAACUGUGGAUUACGCGUGAUAUCGUUGAGCUAACCGUAGACAACAUGGUGCUAGAAAUGGAAAUGUCCAAGACUUAUCAGUAUCGUAAGGUGAUGAAGCCCAUGCUGGAGCGCAAGCGUCGUGCGCGCAUCAACAAGUGCCUGGACGAGCUGAAAGACAUAAUGGUGGAGUGCUUGACGCAAGAGGGCGAGCACAUCACCCGCCUGGAGAAGGCCGACAUUCUGGAGCUGACUGUGGAGCACAUGAAGAAGCUGCGCGCCCAAAAGCAACUGCGACUGGGCAGCAGCUCGAAUGCCAGCGUCGCCGGCGAUUCCAAACUGAGUAUUGCGGAAAGCUUCCGUGCCGGCUAUGUGCAUGCAGCUAAUGAGGUGUCCAAGACUUUGGCUGCGGUUCCUGGCGUCAGCGUGGAUCUGGGCACGCAGCUAAUGAGUCAUCUGGGACAUCGACUGAACUACUUGCAAGUGGUGGUGCCAACGUUGCCCAUAGGUGUCGCGGUGCCUCUGCAGACAAACGACGAGCUGAGUAGCAGCAGCAGUCCAUCUCCAGCUCUGGUGACGCCACCACCCUCGGAAUGCGGCAGCGCCAGCGGCAGUUGCAGCCCAGCGCCUAGCGAGGCCAGCACCAGCUCCAACAGCACCGGACCCAUGUGGCGUCCAUGGUGAACGCAUUGCAGGCGGCUGCCUUUAAGCACAAGGCGUUGACCACUCACUCACCCACUCGGGACAGCUGUUCGCACAGGCGCGCUGGAUUGGAAACCGUGCGCCGACAGUUCCACUGAAAAAAUGCAUCUAUGAGCCACUCAGCUAGAGCCGACAACAUGGCUAAAGAGUAUCGCUACAUUUUUUGUGUACCCAGAGUAAAGAAAACUCAAAAAUAAAUUUAUACAUAUAUUCAUGAAAAAAAA